CUGGAAAACCCAUAUCUAUAUAACUACAACUCUGCUCUUUAUAUCUGUAAUAAUUUGCUGCUUAUUUUUGCCAUACAAAACCCUAAUUCUCUGAAUACCCGUACUCUCUCUUUUCUCCGUCUACAUCUAAAAUCAUUGAGCUUUAGAAGAAGAAGAAGAUUGAAUCAAUUGAAGCAAUCGUUCAGUUUAGUGUGUGAUGAUUGUGAGUAGUGAGAGCAUGGUGUCUGAAGCAGAGAUGUCCAUUCUCGGUGUUCAUCACCUCUCCGUUCCCAAAACCCCCAUCCUACCCAUUGAAAAGCCCUUCUUCUCCGAGUCUGAGUCGGUUGUUGCGAGUACUGAGUUUGUUCCAACCAUUCGUUCUGGUAGCCACACAGACAAAGGACACCGUCAAUUCAACGAAGACGAACACAUCCUAAUCGACCAUCUCUCCACCCAAUUACCCUCUCUCUUCCUCUCUCCAUCGCCGACUUCUUUCUACGCCGUCUUCGAUGGACACGGCGGUUCCAACGCUGCAUCGUCUUAUCUCAAACAGAAUUAUACAAAACUCUUCUUCCAAGAAGCCAAUUUUCCCCAAAAACCCCAAGAGUUGGAAGACUAUAACCGCAAAGCUUUUCUAAGGGCUGAUCAAGCCCUAGCUGAUAAUGUUCCUGCUUUUUGUGGAACAACUGCACUGACCGCCAUUGUCAUCGGUAAACACCUCUUCAUCGCCAAUGCCGGUGACUCUCGAGCCGUGCUCUGCCGGAAAGGAGUCUCAAUCCAGAUGUCUUUCUCAAUCCAGAUGUCUGAAGAUCACAGGCCCACGUGUUUGUCAGAGCGCAAGAGGGUCGAAGAUUUAGGGGGAUACUUUGAUAAUGAUGGGUACCUCAACGGUGAUCUCGGGGUCACCCGAGCCCUCGGUGACUGGUACAUGAAAUUCCCGAUUGGUUCUUCGUCGCCUCUGAUUGCCGAGCCAGAAUUUCAACACACUGUGUUAACGGAGGACGAUGAGUUCUUGAUUGUGGCGUGCGAUGGAGUCUGGGACGUGAUGUCGAACCAGGACGCAGUCAGAUUAGUUCGCGGUGGACUGAGGAGUUGUAAUGAUCCACAGCAGUGUGCCAGAGAGCUUGUUAAUGAAGCGGUGCGCUUGAAUGCGAGUGACAACCUCACCGCCAUUGUUGUGUGCUUCACUUCUGGGAUUGAUUGCAGAGAUCACUAUCAGCGGCCAAGGUUGAGGUGCUGUAACCUGUCUGAAGAGGCUAAGAAGAAGUUGAGGAGCUUGUUGGAAGGCAACUCUGAUCAAAUGUAGAUGCAAAUUGUUCUAUUCUCUGCAACUAAUUUGAAGUGUAAAUGUCAAUUCUUUAUUAAAAUUUCUUGUUAGAAACAUAAAGAAUGUUGAUUUGUUUAUGGCUGCUUCAGAUUAAUUAGACAAAAAGUGGCUAGCAGCUUUGGCGGGUAAUAUGCCAUGUCCUUAUUUGAAAGAUACAAAUUAUAAAUACAGAUCUUGUCAAGC